UCACUGCCCAAAUGGCUUUCCCAAAGGAGUACGAAAGCAACACCUUCUCAUCUAAUCUUAGCCUCCACAAGCUAUUCCUUACCCUUCUUCUUUCCAGGCUUUGUUCUACAAGGUCAGUUCAUAUUUAUUGCUUCUCCUUCAUAUGUCGUUUGAUAUAGUGCUAUAUAUUCUGAUGCCUCCGUAUAUAUAAAUCAAAUCUUUCUUUUUUCUAGCUGUUACUAUCAUUCUCAACCUUCAUUCCAAGAACCCCAUUUGGUAGAAACACAAUUUUAUGAUCUAUAAAUAGCUAACAUUGAGAAGUUGAGGUUCAACUGCAUUGUUCUUGUUCCACCUGCAUAUAUAGUGAUUAGGCACCAAAAAUCAUAUCAAACCCAGAUCACAGUUUAUCCUCUUUGUGGGUAAAUCAUGAAUCCUCAGGGCCGAGUGAAGGUAGCGUUUAGAGGAGCAAGCUCAUCUUUUUCGGGCACGCCGUCCUCAUCCAUGGUUCAGCCUCCUCAACCGCUGGAGGGAAUUCAUGAAACGGGCCCUCCUCCUUUUCUUACCAAAACCUAUGAUAUCGUUGAGGACUCGACCACAAAUCAUGUUGUUUCAUGGAGUAGAGGGAACAACAGCUUUGUUGUGUGGGACCCUCAGGCAUUUGCCAUGAUUCUUCUUCCCAGAUACUUCAAGCACAACAAUUUCUCUAGCUUUGUCAGGCAGCUCAACACUUAUGGCUUUAGGAAGGUUGAUCCAGAUAGAUGGGAGUUUGCUAAUGAAGGGUUUCUAAGAGGACAAAAGCAUCUUUUAAAGAAUAUUAGGAGAAGGAAGACGUUUCAACUUCAGGCUUCGCAGCAGGCUCUGGACUCUUGUGUUGAAGUUGGAAGGUUUGGAUUAGAUGGAGAAGUUGAUCGGUUGAAGCGUGACAGGCAGGUUCUAAUGGUGGAACUGGUGAAGCUUAGACAGCAACAACAAAAUACUAGAACUUACAUCCAAUCAAUGGAGGAUAGACUUAGAAAGACAGAAGGGAAACAGCAACAGAUAAUGAAUUUCUUGGCAAGAGCAAUUCAGACUCCCAACUUUUUACAACAAUUAGUUCAGCAGAAGGAAAGAAGAAAGGAACUCCAAGAUGCAAUAACGAAGAAGAGAAGGCGACCUAUUGAUCAAGGGCCUAGUGACCUUGAAAUUGGCGUUUUAGGCCAAGGUGGAGAAGGAAACUUUGUUAAAGUUGAGCCUCAUGAUUCUGAUGAUAUUUCUGAAUUUGAAGUUUCAGAGCUGGACAGACUUCCUAUGGACAUGCAUGGACUAAGUGGAAGCCAAAACAACCCAGAGGAAGAACAUAUAGAGAAAGGAGUGGAACAUGAAAGUAGAGAUAUGUUUAAGGACCUUGAUGAGGGGUUUUGGGAAAAUUUGCUCAACGAGAGUAUUGAAGAAGAAAUUGGUAUAAUGGGUGUUGAUCAAGAAGAUGAUGAAGAAAUAGGUGUGUUGGCUGAGCAUAUGGGCUACUUGGCGUCUAGUCCUAAAUAAUAGAAGAUAUCUCAUAUGUAUUGAUUGCAAAAUCCAUGAUAAAUUCGAUAUGGAACGCCAAUUCAUUUACAGUUUGUAGAAUGUUCUCCAAUGAAGUAAGCAGAAACAAUGCCAUUCAACCAUUGCUUGUUUUAUGGAAUUAUCCACAAUUUAAUAUCAUUUAGGUUCCUUUGACCAUCA